GUGCGCUCCUGAACCUCGGCCGGAGCCCGGUGUCCACCUCUGACAGACGCAGCGGACUGACUGAGGCUGCACUGAUCCACAUUCAGGUCUGAACUCUGUGAGGACUGGAAACCUGCCGCUGAGGAAGACAGGACGUUUAUUUCUCUCGGUUUGCAUUUGGAGACACGCCGAUAAAGUGGAUAAAAAGUUUGGGUAAAGCUGCUCGGGCGCAUUCCGGCGGACUUUGGAUUACUGUACCAAGGCUCAAAGUCUGGCAGUAGACCCUCUUUCAUCCCAUUCAACGGCCCUCAUUCCUCUUGAGGUAGACAGAGGCCUGAGGGGCCUCAGCCAGCUCUUCAAAGGGUGCAGGUCCAGAUCCUCCAAACAGGCCAAAGUCACAACAAGUGAAGACAGGCGCCGUUUGACACACAGGAGGAAACGGGCCGUGUUGGUUACCAUGGACGCGUGCUCUGCAGUCCACGCUCUUGUCGUGUGUGUCAGGACGUGUGAGAUGGUUGAGCCGAGAGUUUAAGGCCUGACGUCACCAUGCUGCUGUCUUUGCUGGUCUUGUUCCUCUCAUCUGGUCUGGUUUUAUCCUUCGACUGCCCAGCCGACUGUGCCUGCCAUGCCCAGCACUCAAUUUUCUGCAUUAACCGUCGAUCCAACACGGUUCCCCAUGUUCCCACCACCACCCAGAAUCUCUACAUCUUCCAAAAUGGCAUCAGAACUUUGUCCCAGGAUGACUUCAAAGACCUCGGGGAGUUGGAGCUUCUAGAUCUGAGUCAGAAUGAACUGGCAGAGAUACCAGAUGAUGUGUUUGAGAUGCUGGCAAAGCUGAAGAACUUAGACCUGUCUUCGAACCAGAUUACCCACAUCUCCAAAGGAACCUUUUCUGGGUUAGUCCAGCUGGAGCGGUUGUAUCUUCAUUCAAACCGCAUUCAGAGCAUUCACUUGGAAGCUUUUGAGGGUUUAGAGAACCUACUGGAACUCAAGCUCCAAGGGAACCAGCUCACUUCGCUGCCAUCCCUCAAUUUCCCAAAGCUUCUUCUUCUAGACCUCGGCUCCAACAACAUCCCAACCCUUGGGCCCUAUGAUCUCAAGACCCCUCAUUUGGAGGCCCUUAGGAUUUCCUCUCUUGGUCUUACUUCCUUAGAUGAUGAUCUUAUAGCCUCCCUGGGGAACCUCCAUGAGCUUGACAUAUCCACAAACCAGCUGACUGAGGUGCCCCAAGCCUUAAAGCAGGACUCCCUCAAGGGGUUGAUCAAGCUCAGCUUGGCUGCAAAUCCACUAGGUGAGCUUAGGGUGGAGGACUUCCAGAAACUGACUGGACUUCAAGAUCUUGAUCUCAGUGGGCUUAACCUCCAGGGAUUUCCUCAGAGUUUCUUUCAGACCUUUCCAAGGUUGAAUCACCUCACAGCAGCUGAGAACCCAUUUAACUGCCUGUGUCCACUUGCUUGGUUCCCUGUCUGGCUGAGAGAGAAGGAUGUGAAUCUUGGUAGGCCCGAAGAAACCAGGUGCCACUUCCCUCUGGUAAAUGCAGGGAAGAAGCUUUCAGCUUUGGAGCACAAAGAUUUUGGGUGUCCUCCCUCCACAACAGUGCUGAUUGGCUCCCCUAUUGGAAGUACUCCUGUUCCCCUGAUUCCCACCACAUCUCCAGAAACCACCCAUACCAAUGCUAUACCUCCCCCUCCACCACCCAGUGAGGAGACUGUCUCCUCAAAAACAGACAGCUACCCCCUUCCACCUCAUCCUCCUGUGUCUCCAAGUUCCACCAGUGGAGGGUACGAGCCACACAUAUGCCCACCAAACAUCUGCCUCAAUGGAGGAACUUGUAAUUUUGACCCUGAAGGCCAGCUCAGCUGUCUCUGUCCCUCUGGAACCUCUGGCCUCUACUGUGAAAAUGUGGAUGAGGUCCCUGAGCCACCAAAACGUUCAGCAACAGAAAUCCCUGAACCUGUGGUUCCAACAGAACUCGAUGCUAUCAGCUCAAGGCAUGUGACCUCCACAUCUAUCCUUCUUGACCUGCAUCGCUUCAUUGAAAACCGGCCACACAUCCGUGGCAUCAGGUUGACCUACCGGAACCUCUCAGGACCUGACCGUCGACCCAUCAUCCUGAGUGUGCCAGCGUCCUACCCUGAGUACACCUUGCGUGGUUUGAGACCCAACUGCACCUACUCUGUGUGUGCCAGUCCCCUGGGGGAGAGAAUAAACUCCAGGUCCAACAGCUCUGUAGAAACAGGGUGGUGCACAGAGGCUCGCACAGAAGGGGUUCUACUGACACCAGUAGAACCAAGCAUGGAGACGCAGAGCCAGCUGACAUACACUCUAGUCCCUGCCUUUGCUGCCCUGGCACUUGUGCUUGGGUUGGCCGUGCUGGCUGGGACAAUCAUCUGUUUGCGGAAGAGGAGGAAGGCCAAGUCGGGAAUAGAGCUGGAGCUGGGUCCAGCUGAUUCUGAGCCCAUGGAACUAGAAGGGAUAAAGUCUGGCUUGGAGAAUGGGGGAAAUGGCACACUACCCCACAAACAGCCUGAGAUUGACCGCUGUCACAAUCCUCAGGCACCUCCACCCUUGCUACAAAACGGGGCUUUUGACUUUGAGGUACCCCUAAUGCAAGGACACUGCCCAUCAAAUAACAAUCUAGCAUCCAUAAAGCCAUCAUAUUUCUGAGAUGCCUGCAGAUCUCUCUUGGGAAUUAUUUCAUAGAGACUGGGCUUGUCCAUUUGGCCUUGUGAGGUCCUGAUUCAGCUCACAAAGUGUUAAUGAAUCUAAUUUUCAUUCCAAUUUCAGAUUUCCGAAAGUGGCACUUACUCUCCCUUGUUGUCCUGAAUGAUAACACUACAGACUGGAGAUACUGAAUGAUGAAUAUGAGAUUACAGCAUGUUGGAAAUGUGCUAAACCACUCUUGGACAAGGUUCAGAUCGUGGUUCUGAGCGUUCUUGCUAAUGGAAAAGCCUUAAACAAGUGAUUAAAAGAAGUGCAAUUGACUACAAGGGUCUAAUAGCAGACUGAAAACGGAAGUGCCUUUUUGCAUAGACACCAUUGUAACUGAUGGCUCAUUUUUAUUUAAACUCUUUGUAGAAUUUAAAAAAUGAAUGAGCUGUAAUCCUUUUGCUGGAUCUGUGAGAUACAGGAUGGAGAAAAGUGCCCUGGAUACAGAACCUGGGGAAGUGACAGUCCUUAUAAAAAUGUUUUUUUGACCAACUGCUCUAUGGGAAUUAUAGAACUGCACUGAAAAGUGGUAUAUCAUAUCCCUUCCCAUGUCCCAGUCACAACAAUCCACAGCAUUGAUGGAUGCAAAUGGAAAUGCAACAACACAAAAAACAAUUGGAUAAACACUUGUCAAAGUGGGCAACACAUUGAUGACCAUUAAAGCUGUCUAAACUUCAUAGUUUUUGCUGCUGACAUUAGCUAAUCUGAAAGAAAAUUUCAAAAUUUUCCAUGUGGAUUUGGAUCUUUCAGUGUCAACAGUCCAACGUGAGUCUUUCUACACAUCUGAAACCUUUUUGGCUGUGUGGAAGACGAAUUUGCUGUGAAAGAAAAAUGGACUGAAUGGAAAGCCAUUGAGAAUGAACUUUGCCUGCAUUGUUCUGUGCCGUGUUGGGAAGGCUGUUUUGUCUAGUUUACUUCAUGAUAUUCUGUUUUUGUCAUGUUUUUGUACUUUUAUUGUGCUGUUUUUAUUGCUGUUGAUGUCCAUUCAGUAUUGAUAUUGUGUUUUGAAACAUUAGUAAUUGUUCUUCCUUGGAAAAAGCCUGCUUAAUUCAUCAGCAAUUCUCCACUUUCUUAGAAAUCGCAUAGAAUAAACUUUCCAGAGCUAAAUACUACAUUUUUAGUUCGGAGUUGGAAAGAGUAAAUACUAAUGUAGGUUCUCAAAGGGAUUGUUUGGUGUUUUUAAAUUACAGAUUUAUAAAAUGCUUGCCAAUUGUAAGUAUUUUAGCCAUAUGAGAUGUCAGUGUGGCCCCUCUGUUAAUUUCGUCAACUAAAACUAUGACUAAAAAUGUUCAUCAGCAGCCUUUUUCCAUGACAAAAAGUAGACUAAGACUAAUAAAAAUAGAUCUGUGAUAACUAAAACUGA